GAGUUUUUCGCGCAUUUCAGAUGUUAUUCCAGCUGUGCUAACAAAUUGGAUCAUACGUGAACUUGUGUAUCAUCUUUGGAUUAAUAAGUGGAAUAAAUUGUGUGAAAGUGUCGAGAUGAGAAGUGAACGAUUUUGUGUUUACCAGUUAUCGCUAUAAACAUGACAAUGCCGUUGGUUUACUGGUCACUGUUGUUGUUCGCUGUGCAAGUGUAUACGUUCGAUUUCACCGCGCUGCCGAUUCACCGGGUUGUCAUCAAAGCCGGCGAGAAUAAGUCGCUGUCGUGCCCCGGCGUGAACGAGCAUUCCUUGGUGCACGCACUGGAAUGGCUCUCGGUGGCGAACAACAACCAAAAGGUUGUCGAGUACAUGAAGGACUCGACAACGGUGUGGGUGAACCAGCAUCGCAUCUCACUGCUAACGGACACGUUCGGUCUCACGUUCCAUCCGGCGAUGGCCGAAGACAGCGGCGACUACGUGUGUCUGGUGAACAGUCGGCCGAAGCCGGACGCUUUGGUGCGCCUCAUCGUACAAGAUGUGCCCGAUCCGCCUGGCCGGCCGCUCAUCAUGAGCUUUACGUCCCGCUCGGUCAACGUCUCCUGGGCACCCUCGCAAGACACCCAUCAUAGUCCGAUCACGCAUUACAUCAUACACACAAGAGUUGGAGAGGACAGCGAGUGGGAAGUCAUCGACAGCAUUCUCACGCCGAACAACGCCUCCACCUACCAAAUCACCAACCUACAUCCGUACACGGUGUACAGCUUCCGCGUGAUCGCCGUCAAUGGGAUGGGUUCCAGUGCGCCCAGUAAGGGGUCAUACUAUAUGGUUACGCUGCGCGAAGCGCCCACCGGCAAGCCGACAAUCACAACUGCUCACAACGUGUCAUCGACGGCGCUGCACAUUAGCUGGCGACCGCCACAUCGAGAUACCAUUCAUGGAGAGUUUCUCGGAUACAGGAUAUCAUAUCGGCCGCGGGAUAAGGGCGUCGACGAUGUUAAAGAAAUCUACAUCAGGGAUCCCACCGUCGAGAGCCACACCAUACAAGACCUGGAGACCUACACGCAGUAUUUGGUCUCGCUACAGGUUUUCAAUCCUGAGGGACCCGGGCCGAGCACGACCGUACUCGUGAUGACAGAUGAGGGAGUGCCAAGUAAACCCCGCAAUUUGACAGUGCUUGACAUCUCGUCUGAUCGCAUUUUUUUAACGUGGACUGAGCCCGAGAAGAAGAACGGAGCUAUCGAAGGAUAUCGAGUGUACUAUGUUCAGGGGAAUUUGACAGAUGUGCAGUCAAUUCAAGAAACAGGACCUAUUAUUCACUAUAAUCUGACUAAAUUAAGUAUGUAUUUAAAUAUCCUCUUCUAUGAAUUUAAAUUAAUUACAUAUUUCCAAUUGGAAAUGAUUGCAGAACCUAACACAGAAUAUGAAAUAUUUGUGAAAGCCUACACAUCAAAACAUGAGGGUAAUAAGUCUGAAGAAGUAUACAACAAAACAGAUAUUCCUGGACCUGGACAGCCUAAAAUUUUGAACUUGACUUGUGAACCGUCAGACACCAUCUAUAUCAAAUGGGCACGUCCGUUGAGUUACUUCCACAGUGUGGACUUCUACAACGUGUUUGUGCAUGGCGGCGCAUUUUUCGAGAACAUCAUGCUGCCGACGAGCACCGAACAUUUGGAAACUUCGUACUCGAUUAAAAAUGUCACUCCACAUACUCUGUAUGAGGUUCGAAUUCGGGCGUCCACCCGAAGCCCGAUGACUGGGAAAGUUGUCGACGGCGAGACGUCUGAUCCCAAGAUGGUGAAUAUCGUUCCUGACUGCGAUAAGUUCGAACCGAUAAUGCGACGUACACAUCAUCAACUUAGCGCGGGCAUGAUUGCUGGAGCCAUUUGCGCUGCAUUUGCUUUCUUGUUAGCUAUAUUUUCAUUCAUCAUUUGGAGGAAAUGUUUUCGUGCAUCCUAUUACUAUUUGGAUGACCCGCCAUGCUCAGUGCCAACAGCAUCCUUAGACUGGAAUGCGCCAGCAGAUGAUGGUGGCGAUUCCAAAGGCGCUAUUCCAGUGAACAUGUUCAACAAACACGUGGCUGAGUUGCAUGCCGAUGGUGAUAUUGGCUUCAGCAAGGAAUAUGAAGCUAUUCAAGCUGAGGCCAACAACGACGAGCACGCCUCAGUGAACUCUCAACUGCCCGACAACAAAAGCAAGAAUCGAUAUCUCAACAUCAUUGCAUAUGAUCACAGCCGUGUACAGUUGCUGCAAAUGCCCGGACAAAAGAAGAACGAUUACAUCAACGCGAAUUACAUCGAUGGUUUUCUCUGGUCCAAAGCGUACGUUGGCACACAAGGCCCUCUGCCAUCGACAUUCGAUUGCUUCUGGCGCAUGGUGUGGGAGCAGCGAGUGAACAUCAUUGUGAUGAUUACAAAUUUAGUUGAGCGUGGAAGGAGAAAAUGUGAUAUGUAUUGGCCCAAGGAGGGUGUAGAAACUUACGGCGUAAUCCAAGUGAAACUAGUCAAAGAGGACGUAAUGUCAACAUACACUGUGAGGACGCUGCAAAUUCGCCACCUUCGUAUCAAGAAGAAGAAGGCGGCGAUGAAUGAGAAACUAGUUUAUCAGUAUCAUUACACCAAUUGGCCCGAUCACGGCACCCCUGACCAUCCACUGCCUGUGCUGCACUUUGUCAAGAAAUCGGCGACUGCAAACCCGCCCGACGCCGGACCCAUCAUCGUGCAUUGUAGUGCAGGCGUCGGACGUACAGGCACCUACAUUGUUCUGGAUGCCAUGUUGCGUCAGAUACGCAUCCGCAGCGAAGUAAACAUAUAUGGUUUCCUGCGGCACAUUCGUACCCAGCGCAAUUUCCUCGUGCAGACAGAAGAACAAUAUAUCUUCAUUCACGACGCGCUGCUUGAGGCAAUCGAGUCUGGCGAGACGAACAUCAGCCGCGAGCAGUUCCCCAAGUACGUGCAGAUUCUGCAGGACGAGACGCUGGAGGAGAAGUGCCAGCCGUGGAAGCCGCUCGACUAUCAGUUUAAGCUUGCAACAAGCUUCCAGCCAAAGGACUUCAAUCUGGUGUCCUCUAACAAAGUGAUAAAUCAACCAAAGAACAGACGGGCGGACAUAUUGCCGGUGGAAAGUUCGCGUGUUCAUCUCACACCAAAACCCGGAGAGGACGGCUCUGAUUAUAUCAACGCUACCUGGAUACAGGGUUUCCACAGUCUUCGGGAGUUCAUCAUCACGCAGCAUCCGCUCAAGAGCACCAUAAAAGACUUUUGGCAGAUGGUCUGGGAUCAUAACGCGCAGACAGUUGUGAUGCUUAGUAUUAUCGAUAAUCAAGACUUUGAAGUAUUCUGGCCAGUUGAUCAGGAUACGAUAGACGCUGAGAACUACAAAGUGAAAUUAGUCAACGAAGUAGCACAAUCCUCUUAUGUUACCAGAGAGUUUACGAUGCAAUCGCUCCAGGACGACUAUGAGUUACACGUGCGCAUGAUCCAUAGCACAAAUUGGCCGCACUUGUGCUCCACAGCUAGCGAAAUAUUUUACUUGCCAAAUACCGUACAAAGUGCACAACUAGGGUAUCAAAAUGGACCGAUCGUAAUUGUCGACAGGUAUGGCGGCACGGAGGCAGCUGAGUUCUGCGCAUUGAGCACACUGCGCAAACAUCUGAUGUACGACAACCAUAUAGACAUUUACAUGUACACGAAACUGUUCCAUAAUCGCCGGCCGGGCAUCUGGGGUUCUGUGGACGACUAUCUGCGCAUGCAUCUUGCCCUGCAGACCCUCUGCAGUCCACCGGACGGUGCUCCCGAUCUGUAUGCGACGACGAACGGCGCUGUAAACGGUUCGCUCAGCAACGACAGCGUGCGCGUGCCGCCCGAAGAAGCUCGACUAAUACCUGUGGGCACACGCAAGUUCCAAAUCUAAUCGAAUGUUUUUUAUCUUCAAUCCAUUGUGCUCUUUUUAGUAUGACAGCGUUUACUAAACACGAGCGAUGCAAAAACGUUAGUACUUUUUAUUACAAAAUGAUCGAAAUUAAAUUAUUAAUAUCUUGUAAAUACUUUAUCACUUUUUGUACCUAUCUACUAAACGAUAAACGCGUUCAUUUUUUACCAAUAUUUAUAUACAUACAUUUAAGCUAAUUGUAUACAUACUUUUAAUUGAGAAUUGUACAUUAUUCUUAAGGAGGGCGAAAUGAUGGAAUAUUACAACGUAAUUGAAUACUGCGAAUAGUGCUAGAAUAUUAUCGCUAUGAAAUUAGUGCAAAAAAGUUGCAUGAUUUAAUGGAAUUAAACAUGUUGUAGAGUAUAUAUAAAUAUGAAACUAAAUUCGGCUCUAUAUGAUGAAACGAUAAUACGCCAAUGUACUGUACUGAGAUUUAUAUUAAUCUAUUGAAACUCUAUCAUCUGUCUAGAUAAUGUUUUAACAGAGCUAAUGAUGACGAGAUGGACACGUAGAUCAUUAAGCUAAUAUUUAAACAAAAAUGUGCUAAAAUUUAAUGAAUUUCAUUAGUAUUCAAUGCAAAUAUGUAAGAUUAACCGAUGUGCAUCACUACUAAUGGCGUAAAUGAAGACAAUGUUGGUCAUGGAUACGAAAUAAUGUGUGAAUGCAAUGUAUAAAUAUUGUAGUUAUGUGUAUAAAAGAGCUCCUAGGAUGAUGAAUUGAAGAUACUUAUACAAAAUGUGCAGUGUAGCAUAUUAAUCCAAUAUUUAUGUAACUGUAUAGACUUAGUUUUUAUAUCUACAUAAGAUUUAUUUAUAUAAAUUAUGAGUACAUCGAUUCAUGCAAAACCACCUCACCCUUAUGAAUCUGGACCAAUUUAGAAUAAUUACUUGAGUUGGAAUUCAAUUCAGAUAUACAACAAAAAUGAUUUCAACACGCAUGAAGGGCGGGUGAUUGCACACACACACAAAUAUGGUAUUCGAAUAGAAGGGUAUACAGUUAAUUAGUAGGUCUGAUGUGGUCCCAUCGGAGACAUUUGAACUGCUCAGAUAUUUUAGAAAGAACUCAUUUAUAGGAUGGAGAAAGCUCGACACGGUUCGGUGUCUGUUGAGUUGAAAUUUCGCCAUAAAUUGUCAACCUUCAGUCAUAAUUCACAAAUUGCGCACCUUGCUGAAUAUGUAGCAUCAUAUAGACAUUGUACUGCUGUUGUUUUCCGAAGAUAUUUGAUGUGCUUUUGAUAGAAUAGUAAUCCGUCCACCAGCCGACACAUUUCUCUUUCAACUCAAAAUCAACAAGUCUGAAUGCAUCUGUAACUAGCUCUAAACUAAGAAGUUAGCAAUGUUUAUCUUCGGGGGAGGCGCAUUACCAACUCACGUGUAUCGGCAUUUUCAAAUGUACAGUCGAAUACGAUACUAAUAUGUAAGCGAAUGAUUCUUGAACAAUUGUUGUUAGAGUAAGAAAAAAUGGCAGCAUGCACCGAAUCCGUAAUAUAUUAUGAAACUCUUUAAAUCCAUUCGGAACAUUUGUUUGGAUGUGUGAUAAUACAACACGUUAUUGCCGUAUUUUUAUGUUCGUUAUGUAUAUUGCCAUUAUACCCACGUAGAUGUAUAGAAGAUCUAUUACUUUACUGAUUUAUUUGAUUUUAUAUAUACAUGUGUGUUAAUACAUUAUUCUAUGCAAAAUCGACGAAAUUAGUGUAAGAGAAACAACGCGCAACAAUUGUUUUCUGUUGCAACGCGAAAUGGCAUAAAACUCAACAUGGAUGCAUACGUUGUUUCAUAUGUCUUCGCUAUCAUUUCAUUGUGAACUCUCCUAAUUUCCUGUAAUUGUCAAGUUAUAAAAUAUAAAAUGUCAAUACAAUAAAGAUGUUCAUUGUCUUUUAA